CAAAUUUCCGAAAAAACCCGUAUGGUUACUUCUCUUCCUACUUUAUAAUGCUAUGUGUUUGUCACAAUGAUGAAAGGAGUGUUGCUGCUGCCCCACCUAUAACUGCAACAGUCAACGUAAAGGGGUUGUUUUGUCUGUUGCAGACAACGUUGCGUUAGACAACCCCUUUACGUUUUUAAACUUUAUUAUUUAGGGCCGUGUUGUACCAGCAGUUAGCUCAGCUAGCAGAAGUUCGGCGCAUAGCAAUCCGCCUUGUUCUCACCUAACCUACAGUCAUGGCCUCCUUCUCUCCACACAACUUCUCCUGGCUUGAACCCGGGAAGCUGGCCGGGUUGGCCAUGCCCAGGAUGCCAAGUGAAUACCGCUAUCUGCUGGACAACGGAGUCAGACACCUCGUUUGUCUGUGCGAGAGGAAACCACCAAACCAUGACACCUGCCCAGAGCUGCAGCUUCACCACAUCAAGAUAGCUGACUUCACUCCUCCUUCUCCCAGUCAGAUUGAUCAGUUUCUCUCCAUCGUGGAAGGAGCCAACUCCAAAGGAGAGGGCGUGGCCGUCCACUGCAUGCACGGCCACGGCAGGACGGGCACCAUGCUGGCCUGCUACCUGGUGAAGAGCCGGAAGAUGUCCGGGCCCGACGCCAUCGCAGAGAUCCGCAGGAUCCGGCCCGGCUCCAUCGAGACCCACGAACAGGAGAAGGCCGUGGUGCAGUUCUACCAGCGCACAAAGUAGCUCUGCCACGGCGGCGAGCAUGAGAAGUCUGCACUGGAACUGUAUGCAGUCAGCGUUUUGGAAAUGAGAUGUAGAAUUAGGGAGUGUGUGUUAAAAGUGUAUUCGAUUUAAAUUAAUCUGCAAUUGGUGUUACUGGGACAAACAUUUCUGGUUUUAAAGACACACGCCUUGCUUUGUUUGCUGUACUGCAACCUGGAAAAGCGCUCAUUGUUUCAUUUUGUCAUCUUUCGUCCAACAACUUUAACAUGUUUUAGUUGGAUUUUAUGGAAGUGGCAAGUUUCGGUUUUCAAAAAGUCUAUAUUUAGGUCUGGGCUUUGACUGAGCCGUUACAACACAUGGCUGUAGUUUCAGGCUCGUCGUCCUGCUUCAAGGUAAAUCUCUGCUCUAAUUUCA